AUGCAGGACAAAGGAGAUGCAACUUUUGGUAUGGCCAGGGCUGGCUUCAUCCACCGUCUGCAUGCAGAUGAACCUGAUGUGGCUAAGUGCUUUUUCUGCCUGAUAGAGUUAGAGGGCUGGGAGUCCAGUCAUGAUCCCUGGCUGGAGCACUCCAAGCGUAGCAAAGACUCGUGUGGGUUUUUGUCCCUUUCAAAGAAUUUUGAUGAUCUGACAGUGGAGGAAUACUAUGAACUAGAGAUGGAAAGGGUCAGAAUUUUUAUUUGCAAAACUGGCAGAAGUAUAAUAAACACGUUUGAAAAAGAAGCAGCUCUAACUAGGAAGCGUCUUGUGGAUCAUUUCAUGAAUAAAUACCAGUACGCUCCAGAAGCAGAGACUUCUGCAGUUUGCAACAAAAGGAAAUUGUGUGCUAACCAACAAAUAGAAGAGAAUGGAUUGCAGGUGAUAGUCUCCUGUGAUAACAAGCACAGCCAGAGAUAA